UCGAGCGGCGUACGUGACGAGAGGUGUGUCUUGUCUCUUCACAGAUGGUUCUAGUAAUCCGGACACUAUCCGACUGUAUGCUACGUUGAACCACUGUCCACACAGCGUACAUAUAUUUUGGACGGCUGGGUGAUAUUGACACUGCGAUCCUCUGCUGCUCUGAUUGCUGGCUGUACCGUCAUGGCAGAACCUGCACCGAAGUUUAUCGCACUUAUGGGCUGCACGGAAAGUGGAAAGUCCUCGUUUAUCAACUGCGCUGCUGCCUCGAACCUGGUCGUCGACCACGAACUCCAGUCAGGCACAAGCGAAAUACAGAUGGCGACAAUGCAGCUCGCAGGCGACCGCAUUACAUUGAUCGACACACCAGGAUUUGAUGAUAUCGAAAUACCUCAAGCCGACAUACUGAGCUUGAUUGCUGCUUUCUUACAACAGACGUUUGCUCAUGGCACGCGGCUCACCGGGAUCCUGUACCUGCAUCCAAUCUCUGACAAUCGAAUGUCCGACAUCAGCCUGAAGACCUACCAGCUCUUCCGCAAGCUCUGCGGGGAUACCGCGAUGGCAAACGUCAUCAUUGUCACCACAAUGUGGGAUAUAGUGCCGUCAGAGAUCGCAAACGUCAGAGCUCGAGAACUCAGAGGUCAUUAUUUCAAGGAUGCCUGCGACGUUGGAGCUCGCAUCAUGCGUCACGAUAAUACGCACAAAUCUGCGGUCGGUAUUCUCUCGACGCUGUUGGGGAAACCCCCCGCCGCUUUCCACAUCCAGCGCCAGUUGGUCGAGGAGCACAAGACCGUUCCACAGACUGACGCGGGACGUGAACUGGCUUCUCAGUUGGACGCAAUGUAUCAGCAGCAACAAUGGAGAUUGGACGUCUCCACCGAAGAGGCCAGGUCCACUAGGAGGCAUACGGAAGAGGGGCUCCAGCAAUUGAGAGACGAGCUUGGGGAACUCCGUCAAAAGCUACGGAAAACCGAAAUCGAGAGAGACAAAUUGCAAAUGGCUCAGGGAGAUCGCUUCCAUACGCGUCUCCAGGAUGUCGUGUCGCAGCUGGGUCGCAUGGUGUAUUCAGAAAUGCCUCAGGGUCAGAGGCCCGUGCGUUUUGUCGUGUUAACAUUCGCCUAACAUUGCUAACUGAACUGCCUAGUCCUACUCAGAUGUUCGAUCCACGCCGGCCAUACCGACUCCUUGGUUUCCACUAAACCCUCAGAGACCAUCUACUCUGGAUCAUCAGCUCGCUUAUCGUGAUGACUCUCCGCGUGCAUCUUCAUCGCCGCGCGCACCUA